UACACAACCAACACAUCAAAAUACCCCAGCUGCUAAAUAAGCUAAGGCUAGGCUAACUAGCUGUAACAUGUUGUUAAGUUUACACCAAAUGACUUUAAAGGAGCUUCCCAAGUGAUUGGACAUGGAGUUAAGAAAUAUCAAGGAUCAGUCUCCACUGAUCCAGGCUAUAUUCAGCCGAAAUGCAGAAGAUGUGACAUCUUUGUUGAACCAAAACGAAGAUGUUAAUGCACAGGACCAAGAACAAAGCACACCACUUCAUGCUGCUGCUUAUUUGGGCGAUGUCUAUGUAAUGGAACUACUUAUUAGUUCAGGUGCAAAAAUUAACUCUAAGGACCAGGGGAUGCUUACCCCUUUACAUCGAGCAGCUGCUUCACGAAAUGAAAGGGCUGUUGAGCUGCUACUCAAACACAAAGCAGAGGUCAACACACGUGACAAAUUCUGGCAUACACCCAUACACAUGGCAGCUGCAAACUGGGCCACGGGCUGUGCUGCAGCCCUGAUACCACAUGUUUGCAGCCUGGAUGUUACAGAUAGGUCAGGAAGGACACCACUACACCAUGCAGCAUUCAGUGGCCAUGGAGAGAUGGUGAAUUUGCUUCUGCGCAAAGGAGCUAAUGCAAAAGCCAAAGAUAAGAAGGAAAGGCAGCCGAUUCACUGGGCUGCAUACCUCGGACAUGUGGAGGUUGUGAAGCUGCUGGUGUGUCACAGUGCAGAUGUGAUGUGCAAAGACAAGCGUGGUUACACUCCACUCCAUGUAGCAGCUUCCAGCGGACAGUUAGAUGUGGUCGAGUAUCUGCUGAGACUCGGGGUAGAGACUGAUGAACCCAACUGUUUUGGGAAUACAGCACUUCACAUGGCUUGUCACACAGGACAGGACACUGUAGCCAAUGAACUGGUGAACUGCGGUGCCAACAUCAAUCAACCCAACUACCAUGGCAACACGCCACUCCAUCUGGCCGCUGCCUCCUCCAGUGGGGUGCUGUGUCUUGAGCUGCUUGUUAACAACGGUGCUGAUGUCAAUAUGCAGAAUAAAGAAGGUAAAAGCCCUUUACAUAUGGCUGCAAUGCACGGGCGCUUCACUGGCUCACAGAUUCUGAUCCAAAAUGGUGGAGAGAUCGAUUGUGCCGACAUACAUGGAAACACUCCUCUUCAUGUCGCAGCCAGAUAUGGUCAGGAGUUAAUGAUCAGUACUUUGCUCACAAACGGUGCCGAGAAAGGGAGACAGGGGACUAACGGGACGCUUCCACUACAUUUGGCAGCGCUCUAUGGCUUUCCAGACUGUUGUCGCAAGUUAUUGUCCAAUGGCCCAUUUUACAACAUCAUACCACCUCAGAUAAGUGGUCAAAUCCCAAAUUUGGGGUUCGAUAUAAACAUGCCAGAUGAUAAUGGGAGGACUUGCCUGCAUGCAGCUGCCUCUGGAGGAAACAUUGAGUGUUUGAAUUUGCUGUUAAAUAGUGCUGCUGAACUGGACAUAAAGGAUAGUUUGGGAAGAUCUGCUCUGCACUAUGCUGCAGCAAAUGGGAACAGCCAGUGCACAAUUGCCCUGGUGAGAGCCGGUGCAGAGGUCAAUGAAGCUGAUUUAACGGGCUGCAGCCCUCUGCACUAUGCUGCUGCUUCACAUACCUUCUGUGGAGGGGGCACAAACUUCGUAUCAGAACUUAGCGUGGAAAAGGAACAAGAAGCUUCUUUGUGUUUGGACUAUUUGUUGGACAACGGGGCGGACCCAACCCUGAAGAACAGCAGAGGUUACAGUGCUGUUCACUAUGCAGCAGCUUAUGGAAACAAACAGCAUCUAGAACUGCUCCUGGAGAUAUCCUUCAAUUGUCUCGAAGAGGUUGAAAGUAAUAUUCCAGUCAGUCCUUUGCAUUUAGCUGCAUAUUAUGGUCACUGUGAGGCGCUGGGUUUGCUUUGUGAGACCUUGGUGAGUCUGGAUGUGCGAGAUAUUGAAGGACAAACUGCCCUCCACCUGGCUUCUCAGAGAGGUUUCUCCCAGUGUGUGGAGGUUCUGCUGAAGCAUCACGCCUCCUACACACUGAAGGACUACAAGCGCAAGUGGACAGCUCUUCAUGCUGCAGCUGCUGAAGGUCAAGUGGACUGUCUGCUUUUGUUGGUCAACAAGGAACAUAGUGCUGACGUGAUUGACAGUCAGGACGCACAGGGACAGACGCCUCUCAUGCUGGCAGCUCUUGGGUGUCACACCGACUGCGUCCACAUCCUAUUGGAGAAAAAUGCAAAGGCUGAUGCUGCAGAUAAACGGGGCUUCACUGCACUUCACAGAGUUGCCAUGUUGGGCAGUGAAGACUGUGUCUCUGCUCUGCUGGAGCAUGGGGCUUCUCCUCUCUGCAGAGACACUCGGGGAAGGACGCCACUGCACCUCGCAGCAUCCUGCGGUCACACAAAGCUGCUUCAAACUUUGCACAAGGCAGCCAAUAAAGCUGAUGCGUUAGACUCCAUGUUGGACUUCAGAGGCUACACACCCACCCACUGGGCUGCGUACCAUGGUCAUGAAGGAUGUUUACAAAUUUUACUUGAAAACAAACCUUUUAGAAAUCAGGAAGGAAAUCAUUUCACACCAUUGCACUGUGCUUUGGUCGGUGGACAUGCUGCUGCUGCUGGGCUUCUAGUGAAGAAUAUUGGCCCUCAAAUUGUUCACGUCUGUGAUGCCAAAGGAAGGACUCCACUGCACGCUGCUGCUUAUUCGGGAAGUGUUGCAGGGCUCCAGCUGAUGCUGGCCCAGGGAGCAGAGGUCAAUACUGUGGACCAGUCUGGAUGCUCUGCUGUGAUGGUUGCUGCCGACUGUGGACAGACCACAGCUGUUGAGUUCUUGCUGCACGAGGCAAAGCCAGACCUGACCUUGGUGGAUGUUAAUAAUAACACAAUUCUUCACUUAGCCUGCAGCAAGGGUCAUGAAAUGUGUGCUCUGUUGAUCCUGGGAGAGAUCACUGAUUCCUCCCUCAUUAAUGCAAGGAACAAUGCUCUCCAGAUGCCUCUUCACAUUGCUGCAAGAAAAGGCCUGGCCACAGUAGUGCAAGUGCUACUGAGCAGAGGAGCAGCCGUCAUGGCUGUAGAUGAAGAAGGCCACACUCCAGCUCUGGCCUGCGCCCCAAACAAAAACGUAGCAGACUGCCUUGCCCUGAUCCUCUCCACCAUGAAGCCUUUUCCUCCCAGGGAGGCUGACACCGGCAAAGCCUCUCACUUCAGCCCCAUCCUGAAGAACUGUGGUAUUGCUGCUGGCUGUGGGUCCAGUGGAAACCUGUGUCAGGCCUAAGACAAGGACCACACAGGCAUUAUUGGCCUGAGAGGGUGUCAUUCAGCGGCACAUCAGGCAUAUACUCAUGCACAUGUAGUAUUAAUUGCUUUCCUUAACUCUAGUCUUACCUAUUGAUAUAACAGGUCGCUUAGUUUUUUUUUUUUUUAUCCUAAAUUAUGAAGGACUAACCCUUGGAAAUGUAUUUUAAGCUUUGAUGCGAGUACACUACAGAAGCUUUCCCAGCUGAACGCCAUCCAAUACUGUUGUUUUUUUUGUUUUUUUUCUUUUCAUUAAUUCUUAACUUUUAUGAACUUUAGCCCAGGCCCUAUUUAAUCAUUUAUGUGGGUGCAAAUUUUUGAUAGGCACAAUUUAUGUUACAUAUUGAGCUAGAACAUAACAUACCACUGCUAAACAGUUACAAUGUAAUAACACCAGACAAGUGUUUUGAGCGUCAUUGUUAGUGAACAUGCAUUUCAUUAAUGCCUUACAUAAUGAGGACAUCCACACAGACAUCUGACUUCUCAUUGAAUAUUCAUAGCUUCAAACACUAUGGUAGAGCCAUGUUUUUAUCCAAGUUUCAACUCUAUGUGGAUGUAGCAUUUAAAUUUGAUAGCUGAAACUACAUACUUGAGCCAGAGUAAUCAGAAGAACAGCUACUUCAACUUAAUCAUAGAAAGUAGAAGGAUAUAAGCAAAACAGCCACAAGAGGGUGGUUAGAGUGUCAAU